CGUAUGUCGUCAUUUCCCCUGCCGUGAACGCUGAAGUAUCCAAAAUGGUGCCAAAAGUCCAAAAAGCCAUUGUCAUCACUGAGAUUGGCAAGCCGGUGACCCUAGUAACCGAUAGACCCGUCCCUCAGCCAGGCCAAAAUCAGAUCCAGGUUCAAGUCACCGUCACAGCCACCAACCCGCACGACCAGAAACUUCGAGAUUUCGGACUCUUGGUCGGCGAUCAUCUUCCAGCCUUAUUCACCAACGAUGUGGUUGGCAAGGUCGUUGCUGUGGGCUCAGAGGUAACCAAGUUUGCAGUAGGGGAUCGAGUUGUUUCCUUCGCCGCACUCGACACAACCAAUUAUUCUCAAGUUGGAUCUCAAGAGUAUGUCGUUUUUGAUCAAGACAUCUCUAUGAAGAUCCCAGACCAAAUCACGGAUGAUGAUGCAGCAACCUUACCAGUCAACCUCAUUGCGGUUUUUCUCGGCUUUUUUGACGAGCCGACUUUGAAUCUGCCAGCGCCGUGGACAAAAGAGGCCGCCGAAUUCGACUACAAGAAUACAACAGUGUUGAUCGUGGGAGGAGGUUCAAAUUGUGGAAGAUUUGCCGUGCAGCUCGCAGCUCUUGCUGGAUUUGGACGUAUCGUCGUGGUGGGUGGGAAUGAAGCAGAACUCAAGGGUUGGGGAGCCACCAAUGUAUUGGAUCGUCAAGGCACUCCUGACGAGGUGCUCAAACGGAUCCAUGGGGUUGUUGGUGACGAGCUUCUCUACGCCAUAGACUGUGUGAAUGACCUAGAUGGCCAAGCCCUGGGAGUCAACGCGUUGUCAUCUUCCAAGAAAGGAAAAUUCACACGGCUUGUCCCCCAUGGACCUGUCAACGAGGCCCUGAUCAAACCAAAGAAGGCGGGAUGUGAGAUCACCGCUGUUUUUGGAGCCAUGCGAGCGCAAACAAAACUGGUGCAAGAAUUUUGGUCCAGACUGCCACAGUAUCUGCUUGAUGGCAAGGUUGUGCCUUUAGCCUAUACUGUGGUUCAGGGGUUUACCCCCGAUAAAGUGAAUGCCGUUUUGGAUGCGUACAGGGACGGAAAGAAGGUUGUUCAGGCACAUUUCCAUGUGAUCUGAAUAGGGGUUAGAUGUGUGGCCUAAUGGAACGGAGAAUAUUGCAGAGUCUUUGAGAGAACAUCUCAGACUGCAUUCAAUGACACCAAAGCAAACGGUAAAUUGUCGCCCGGCUGGCACUAUCAUGAGGCGAGAGGAGCCGUUGCUAUCCAUUGUUGGUCUUACUUGGAAUGAGCCCUCUGUUUGUGACCCUUCGCGUCUUCGUUCGAUCUGUAGUGACGGGUUUGCAAUCAGAAGACAAAGGUAUAUAAUCUGUUCUGAGACUCUUCG